CAAAAAUGACAUCCGGCUUUUACCCGUCAAAAAAAACCUUAUAAAAGAAAUCCUAAAUAUUUUACAAAUGAUUAUUUAACACCUUUUUAUCCUUUUUUUCUUAGUUAACACAUUAAUUUUUGUUUAAAAAACUGGCUUUUCCGCUUCAUUUGAAACCGUAAAACCGUAAAUAAUUUUUGAGGUUAUAAAGUGAAUCCUUCAAAAACGUGCCCCUGGUAAACUAGAAAUUACUUUAAAUAAACAUGCAUCAAAUUAGCAAAUUUCUGUUCUAUCAGGCCGCACGGACAUCAAAAAAUGGGGUUCGGUACUACUCGAGAGAGCCGCAAAAACGACCCACAUUCUUGUCGAGAUUAUACGACAAUUUUAGAGAAGAAAUGUCCAAAAACAAAGAGAUGAAAGAAUCUUUAAAAAAAUUCAAAGAAGAAGCAGAAAAACUAGAGCAAAGUGAUGCAUUAAAAGCGGCCCGUCAGAAGUUUGAAACUGUAGAAAAAGAGGCAACGAAAAGCAGUGAUGUUUUUAAGGAAAGAUUCAGUACUAUCAAAGACAAAGUAUCCAGUGUCAUAGACGAGGCUGGUAAGACUGAACUUGUGAAAAAAGCUGGAAAGAUUUCAGAGGAGAUUUCAAAAACCACACAUUCAAUUGGGGAAAAAGCACAAGAAAUAGGUAAAACUAAUGCUUUUCAAAGUAUCAGCAAAGCUACAGAAGCAGUUAAAAAAGAAAUGGAUACCAAUAGUAUGCAAGGUAGAGUUUACGUUAGUCCAAUAAAACUUCGGAAAAGAACAGAAACCUCGGCGGUACAAAACCAAAAACAUUACGAACCAAACACAGAAGCGAUGGGUAUUGAGCUACAUAAAGAUUCUAAAUUUUAUCAGUCAUGGCAAAAUUUCAAAGACAAUAAUCCAUAUGUUCACAAAGUCAUGGAUUGGAAAUUAAAAUUUGAUGAAAGUGAAAACCCAGUAAUAAGGGCUUCAAGGGUGCUAACUGAAAAAGUAUCAGAUAUUAUGGGAGGACUAUUUCAGAAAACUGAGCUUUCAGAAACUUUAACUGAAAUCUGCAAAAUUGACAACAGUUUUGAUACUAAACGAUUUUUAAAACAGUGCGAAGCUGACAUAAUACCCAAUGUAUUGGAAGCUAUGACUAGGGGUGAUUUGGAAGUUCUAAAAGACUGGUGUCACGAAGGUCCUUACAAUCUCUUCUCGAUUCCUAUAAAAGAAGCUUACACGAAAGGUUAUAAAAUAGAGUCAAAAAUCUUAGAUAUAGAUAAUGUAGAUCUAGUCAUGGGUAAAGUAAUGGAACAAGGUCCUGUUCUAAUAAUUUCAUUUACUUCCCAACAAGUAAUGGCCGUAAGAGAUUCUCAGGGAAAUGUGGUUGAAGGAGACCCAGAUAAGAUAAUGAGAGUAACAUAUGUUUGGGUUUUAUGUAGGGAUAUUAGUGAAACUGAUCCUAGAGCAGCCUGGAGACUAUUAGAUUUAUCAGCAAGCAGUAAUGAACAACUGGUGUGAUUGAAUUAUUUGCCCGAAAUUUCAAUUUUUCUUCUUAAAUAAGGAUAAGGGUUUGUCUUCUUGUUUUUUUGUUGAUAAGACAAACUCGAGAUGGAGCCAGUACAAACGGAGCAUGGAUAUCUGAUUGAUAUUACUUCAGAUUGGACAAAGUACAGGCUGUAAGAUGUACAAUUCCUUUGUAUUUAUAGGUUUUUUUUUUUAAAGUAAUAUACUUUUUUAAUGAAAGAAAAAUUUGUUAAAUGUUUCAGAUAUUUUAUUUGUUGAAAAUAAUUGGGAUUUUUUUUUGUAUAAAAAUAAAUAAGUAAUUAA